AUGCCGGGCCCGCUGUUGUUUGACAUCUAUGUCACUGAUCUAGAUGAUAAUGUGGCGAACCGGAUCCGCACAUUUAUGGAUAAUUCCAGUAGUAGGGAUGCAGUGGACAACAAGGAAGACUGUUGGAAUCCAGCGGGAUCUGGACCAGCUGUACAACUGGUGGAUGGAUUUUACUGCAGACAACGUCAUGCAGAAGCAAAGACUUUGAUUUUGCUUAAGGCCUCGAUACAUCGAGAACGGUUCGGGGUGGGGGUGGUGAAACAGUUACAGAAAGCGGCAGGUCAUCGCCAGCAGAUGGUGCUUUCUUCUACCCGGACGGCAGACAAGCAGAUGACAAUCAACCAAGGACAGAGUCAUAAUGGACACAGGUAUGCAAUCAGCCUUGGGAGAGGGACCCCACCUCCGAAGGAACUAACGGAGAGCGACAAAAGGGUCUCUCAGGAGCUGCAUCUCGGUGCACCUGGCGCUGAUGUAGCCAUAGGGGCCACUGGAAGAUUCCCAGGAUUCCCACCUGGAGCAAAAGUACUACCCUACCAGCAUGCUCGCUAUCCCUCAAAACGAUCAUGUCUGGUUUCGGAUGACGCCAGACGUAGAAGUGCGUUCGGCGGCGGGAAUACGACAGCGGCUUGCAGCGGAACGUGGGCCAGCUGGCAAAAUGACGUCACAGAUCAGAAGCAAGCUGCCGGUACACAGGCCAAAGUUCCGAGUACACGGGACGGGAUGUUGACGAUAUUCUACAUGGAGCGGCUGGAGCAGGCGAUUGAGGAGGGUGUGGAGGGUCUCGGCUUCAUGUUAACAAGCGAGAAUCAAUUCACUGGGCAGGAGUAUCACAGCGUGACUGAGCUCGUGGAGAAGGGAAACCGAUCGGGCGCUUCCAAACUCUUCCUGGAUCUGGUGAUGGAGAAGGGCUCCGGGGCCUGGAAGGUGAUGUGGGAAUCCUUUGUGAAACUACAUCAUCGUUUACCGAAGCUGAGCAGAAUAUUGAAUGAAAUAUGGGAACGAGGUGACGGCCAGUUCGCCUACAUGGACACUGAACGGGGUUUAUCUGAAGUGCCCAAGCAUCUGAAAGAUGUUCGAAGGAAACACAUGGAGACUCUGCGGGCACAAACUGAAAAACUGAGAGUGAACACGAUCCUGAUGAGGGAGAAGGUGAAGGUUUUCCAGCUGGUUGAUCGAUACGCUGAGCUCACGGUCAUUUCUACUGUUCGAGAUCGGACACUGGUGGAACAUGAGCUGCUGGCAAGAGGCAGAGACCACGAGGAGUGGAGAGAAAAAGAUCUCCGUGGGAUGUCCGCUGCAGUGGCCGGAGUCCCAGGGAUCGGGAAAACAACAAUGGUACAAAAGAUUGUUUACGACUGGGCCACGGGGAAGAUAUACCAACAAUUCCAGUUUGUCUUCAGUUUCAAAUUCCGGGAUUUAAACACCAUUAACUGCAGAAUAAACCUGAAGGAACUGAUUCUGCAUCAUUAUCCCUACUUUGGGAAUAUCCUGGGAGAGAUCUGGAAACAGACAGAGGGACUGCUGUUCAUAUUCGACGGAUUGGAUGAAUUCAAGGACAAAAUCAACUUUGUUGAUGGUCGGAGAGACACAGAAUCACAGUACACAGAUCCUGAAUUCAAGUGCAAUGUGUCUGAUAUUGUGUAUAGUUUAAUCCAGGGCAAGCUGCUCCCAGGGUGUUCAGUGCUGGUGACCACCCGCCCCACUGCGUUACAUUUAUUGGAAAAGGCGGAUAUCAGUGUCUGGGCUGAAAUCCUGGGAUUUGUUGGUGAGGAACGGAAGGAAUAUUUCAUCAGGUAUUUUGAAGAUCAGACGGAGGCAGAAGCAGUUUUCAAACACGUGAAGGAGAACGAGAUCCUGUACACUAUGAGCUACAACCCCUCCUACUGCUGGAUCCUUGCUCUGGUACUGGGCCCCUUCUUCACACAAAGAGUCAGGGACCCGCAGCGAGUUCCCAAGACCAUCACCCAACUGUACUCCUACUAUAUUUACAACAUCCUGAAAAACCAUGGCCGUGAGAUUGAGAACCCCCGUGAUGUGUUACUCAGAGUUGGUCAGAUGGCCUUCAGAGGAGUGUCGGAGAAGAAGAUUGUGUUUACAGGUGGAGAUUUGAUCAACUACAAUCUGCAGCCUUCCCAGUUUCUGUCCGGGUUCCUGAUGGAGCUUUUGGAGAGAGAGGAUUCUGCCCAGAGCGUGGUGUACACAUUCCCACACCUCACCAUCCAAGAGUUUGUAGCUGCAGUCGCACAAUUCCUGAUCCCAGAUGGCAGAGAUAUCAUGAAACUCCUCACUGAAGCCCACUGCGUGAGGGAUGGGCGAUUUGAGGUAUUUCUCCGUUUUGUUGCUGGUCUCUCCAACCCAAUGACAGCUCGGGGCCUGGAAGAGUUUCUGGGUCCAUUUCCUCAUCAAACAACCUGCCGGGUGAUUGACUGGGUGAUGGAGGAGGUUAAACGUCAGAGUGGACAGACGGGGAGUGAAGCUGGUAAAAGGAGCCUCCUGAACACAUUGCACUACCUGUUUGAGUCUCAGAAUCGUGGACUGGCUCAGGCCGCACUGGGAUCUGUGGAAAGGUUUUCACUCAGUGGAAUGACACUGACCCCGAUUGACUGCGCGGUCCUGUCUCAUGUCAUCGGACUCUGUGAUACAAUAAAACAGCUCGACCUGGAGAACUGCCACAUUCAGUGUGAAGGAAUCCAGCGGCUGGGACCCGGGCUGCUCAAGUGCCAGGAGUUGAGACUUGGGCGGAAUGACCUGGGAGAUUCAGGAGUGAAACUGGUGUCUGCGGCUCUGAGGAACCCGGAGUGUAAAAUACAGGAACUGUGGCUGUGGGAUGUCGGUCUCACAGAUUCUGGUGCCGAGGAUCUCGUCUCCGCUCUCAGUACAAACCCAUCACUGACGGAUCUGAACCUGGGAUCAAACUCUCUGACAGACGGAUCUGUCCCCGGUCUCCGCCGCCUCAUACUGACCCUCCCGAAUCUGGAGCAGAUCUGGCUGCGGGGGAAUCGGUUCAGUGAGACCGGGAGGAAGGAACUGAGAUCUCUACAGGAACCCAGACCCGGACUGAUGGUGGAUCUGUGAACAUCUGAAUGUGGGGAAUCGGUUCAGUGAGACCGGGAUGAAGGAACUGAGAUCUCUACAGGAACCCAGACCCGGACUGAGAGUGGAUCUGUGAACAUCUGAAUGUGGGGAAUCGGUUCAGUGAGACCGGGAUGAAAGAACUGAGAUCUCUACAGGAACCAAGACCCGGAAUGAUGGUGGAUCUGUGAACAUCUGAAUGUGGUGAAUCGGUUCAGUGAGACCGGGAUGAAGGAACUGAGAUCUCUACAGGAACCCAGACCCGGACUGAGAGUGGAUCUGUGAACAUCUGAAUGUGGGGAAUCGGUUCAGUGAGACCGGGAUGAAGGAACUGAGAUCUCUACAGGAACCCAGACCCGGACUGAUGGUGGAUCUGUGAACAUCUGAAUGUGGGGAAUCGGUUCAGUGAGACCGGGAUGAAGAAACUGAGAUCUCUACAGGAACCCAGACCCGGACUGAUGGUGGAUCUGUGAACAUCUGAAUGUGGGGAAUCGGUUCAGUGAGACCGGGAUGAAGGAACUGAGAUCUCUACAGGAACCCAGACCCGGACUGAUGGUGGAUCUGUGAACAUCUGAAUGUGGAGAAUCGGUUCAGUGAGACCGGGAUGAAGGAACUGAGAUCUCUACAGGAACCCAGACCCGGACUGAGAGUGGAUCUGUGAACAUCUGAAUGUGGGGAAUCGGUUCAGUGAGACCGGGAUGAAGGAACUGAGAUCUCUACAGGAACCCAGACCCGGACUGAUGGUGGAUCUGUGAACAUCUGAAUGUGGGGAAUCGGUUCAGUGAGACCGGGAAGAAGGAACUGAGAUCUCUACAGGAACCCAGACCCGGACUGAUGGUGGAUCUGUGAACAUCUGAAUGUGGGGAAUCGGUUCAGUGAGACCGGGAUGAAGGAACUGAGAUCUCUACAGGAACCCAGACCCGGACUGAGAGUGGAUCUGUGAACAUCUGAAUGUGGGGAAUCGGUUCAGUGAGACCGGGAUGAAGGAACUGAGAUCUCUACAGGAACCGAGACCCGGACUGAGAGUGGAUCUGUGAACAUCUGAAUGUGGUGAAUCGGUUCAGUGAGACCGGGAUGAAGGAACUGAGAUCUCUACAGGAACCCAGACCCGGACUGAUGGUGGAUCUGUGAACAUCUGAAUGUGGUGAAUCGGUUCAGUGAGACCGGGAUGAAGGAACUGAGAUCUCUACAGGAACCCAGACCCGGAAUGAGAGUGGAUCUGUGAACAUCUGAAUGUGGUGAAUCGGUUCAGUGAGACCGGGAUGAAGGAACUGAGAUCUCUACAGGAACCCAGACCCGGACUGAUGGUGGAUCUGUGAACAUCUGAAUGUGGUGAAUCGGUUAAGUGAGACCGGGAUGAAGGAACUGAGAUCUCUACAGGAACCCAGACCCGGACUGAUGGUGGAUCUGUGAACAUCUGAAUGUGGAGAAUCGGUUCAGUGAGACCGGGAUGAAGGAACUGUGAUCUCUACAGGAACCCAGACCCGGACUGAGAGUGGAUCUGUGAACAUCUGAAUGUGGGGAAUCGGUUCAGUGAGACCGGGAUGAAGGAACUGAGAUCUCUACAGGAACCCAGACCCGGACUGAGAGUGGAUCUGUGAACAUCUGAAUGUGGUGAAUCGGUUCAGUGAGACCGGGAUGAAGGAACUGAGAUCUCUACAGGAACCCAGACCCGGACUGAGAGUGGAUCUGUGAACAUCUGAAUGUGGUGAAUCGGUUCAGUGAGACCGGGAUGAAGGAACUGAGAUCUCUACAGGAACCCAGACCCGGACUGAGAGUGGAUCUGUGAACAUCUGAAUGUGGUGAAUCGGUUCAGUGAGACCGGGAUGAAGGAACUGAGAUCUCUACAGGAACCCAGACCCGGAGUGAGAGUGGAUCUGUGAACAUCUGAAUGUGGGGAAUCGGUUCAGUGAGACCGGGAUGAGGGAACUGAGAUCUCUACAGGAACCCAGAUCCGGACUGAUGGUGGAUCUGUGAACAUCUGAAUGUGGUGAAUCGGUUCAGUGAGACCGGGAUGAAGGAACUGAGAUCUCUACAGGAACCCAGACCCGGACUGAUGGUGGAUCUGUGAACAUCUGAAUGUGGGGAAUCGGUUCAGUGCGACCGGGGAGAAGGAACUGAGAUCUCUACAGGAACCCAGACCCGGACUGAGAGUGGAUCUGUGAACAUCUGAAUGUGGUGAAUCGGUUCAGUGAGACCGGGAUGAAGGAACUGAGAUCUCUACAGGAACCCAGACCCGGACUGAUGGUGGAUCUGUGAACAUCUGAAUGUGGGGAAUCGGUUCAGUGAGACCGGGAUGAAGGAACUGAGAUCUCCACAGGGACCCAGACCCGGACUGAUGGUGGAUCUGUGAACAUCUGAAUGUGGUGAAUCGGUUCAGUGAGACCGGGAUGAAGGAACUGAGAUCUCUACAGGAACCCAGACCCGGACUGAGAGUGGAUCUGUGAACAUCUGAAUGUGGGGAAUCGUUUCAGUGAGACCGGGAUGAAGGAACUGAGAUCUCUACAGGAAACCAGACCCGGACUGAUGGUGGAUCUGUGAACAUCUGAAUGUGGUGAAUCGGUUCAGUGAGACCGGGAUGAAGGAACUGAGAUCUCUACAGGAACCCAGACCCGGACUGAGAGUGGAUCUGUGAACAUCUGAAUGUGGUGAAUCGGUUCAGUGAGACCGGGAUGAAGGAACUGAGAUCUCUACAGGAACCCAGACCCGGACUGAGAGUGGAUCUGUGAACAUCUGAAUGUGGUGAAUCGGUUCAGUGAGACCGGGAUGAAGGAACUGAGAUCUCUACAGGAACCCAGACCAGGACUGAGAGUGGAUCUGUGAACAUCUGAAUGUGGGGAAUCGGUUCAGUGAGACCGGGAUGAGGGAACUGAGAUCUCUACAGGAACCCAGAUCCGGACUGAUGGUGGAUCUGUGAACAUCUGAAUGUGGUGAAUCGGUUCAGUGAGACCGGGAUGAAGGAACUGAGAUCUCUACAGGAACCCAGACCCGGACUGAUGGUGGAUCUGUGAACAUCUGAAUGAGGGGAAUCGGUUCAGUGAGACCGGGAUGAAGGAACUGAGAUCUCUACAGGAACCCAGACCCGGACUGAGAGUGGAUCUGUGAACAUCUGAAUGUGGUGAAUCGGUUCAGUGAGACCGGGAUGAAGGAACUGAGAUCUCUACAGGAACCCAGACCCGGACUGAGAGUGGAUCUGUGAACAUCUGAAUGUGGUGAAUCGGUUCACUGAGACCGGGAUGAAGGAACUGAGAUCUCUGAGGGAACCCAGACCCGGACUGAUGGUGGAUCUGUGAACAUCUGAAUGUGGGGAAUCGGUUCAGUGAGACCGGGAUGAAGGAACUGAGAUCUCUACAGGAACCCAGACCCGGACUGAUGGUGGAUCUGUGAACAUCUGAAUGAGGGGAAUCGGUUCAGUGAGACCGGGAUGAAGGAACUGAGAUCUCUACAGGAACCCAGACCCGGACUGAGAGUGGAUCUGUGAACAUCUGAAUGUGGUGAAUCGGUUCAGUGAGACCGGGAUGAAGGAACUGAGAUCUCUACAGGAACCCAGACCCGGACUGAUGGUGGAUCUGUGAACAUCUGAAUGUGGUGAAUCGGUUCAGUGAGACCGGGAUGAAGGAGCUGAGAUCUCUACAGGAACCCAGACCCGGACUGAGAGUGGAUCUGUGAACAUCUGAAUGUGGUGAAUCGGUUCAGUGAGACCGGGAUGAAGGAACUGAGAUCUCUCCGGGGAGUCAGACCCGGACUGAUGGUGGAUCUGUGAUCCUGUGAACAUCCCCGCCCGCGGGAUGGGGACAUUUGGCCGACUCCCCGCCCUCCCCUUUAACUCCCGCCCUUACCUUUAACGGCCGCGCGCCGGGGCUGAUUCCCAACGGUUUUAACGGACCCGGCUCGGGCCUCGCGCUGUGUGCGUCGCUCGCAGCGGUCCCGCCGUGACGUGUUUCCGCCUGUUGUCCGGCGGGGCAGCUUCCGCCGGAAGUGCAUGUACGAGACUCCCCACGUGACUCCCCGGGGAAUUACCCGGACAGGAAGAGCCCGGGGUCCGGGGCUCAGUCUGGGACACCGGUGUCCCGGGGUUUGGGGGAUGAUCCCGGGAGAGAAUUCUUUUGCCCCCUUUGCUGAGGACGGUGCAUUCGGCAGCCUGGCCGAUAUAAUUAUGUUAAAUGGACAAAUCCCUCGGCAGUGACCCUGGAUCUGCAGCGAUCCCGGACACGGCCCUGAAGUGUGAUUUAUAAUCAUCGGUUCCCCGAUGCAGAGUGACGGUGAGAAACGGGACUGAUUAUUCAACCGGUCACUCCUUGUCGCCGGUCAGUUAAUUGUGUGUGACUGUGAGUGAGUCGGGAGCGGUUUAUUUAUUCCCGCACAUCAGCAGCUCACACAUCGUUUCAUUUACAUUUGUAAAUUUACUCACACCCGGGACCAGCCACAGAGAGAAUUGUCCUCCAUACCGUCCCAUCACACAAUCCCGGGGUCAGACACAGAGUGAAUCCCCCUCCACACCGUCCCAUCACACACUCCUGGGGUCAGACACAGAGUGAAUCUCCCUCCACACCGUCCCAUCACACAGUCCCGGGGUCAGACACAGAGUGAAUCUCCCUCCACACCGUCCCAUCACACACUUGCAAUGCCAAGCACACAGUGAAGCUCCGUCUGCACCAUUCCAUCACUCAAUGAAUUCCACCCUGCAAAAUCUCAUUUCAAGGAAGCAGACACCAUCAAUUUGCGGGAGACUCCUUAGCGGCCAGCCAGCUAGUUUAAAUAACGUUAGCUAUGUUAAUGAACGAAUGACACCCGUUAAACUCACCUCAACAGUGAUUUAACCCCCCACGGGAAAUAGAAAAGUCACUGUUGCAAACAGUGCAGCGAGCAAUACUGUCAUUAUUCCUGACCCCUAUUAGGCAGGGGAACACUUCAGUGUAGUCUGUGGUGAAGUACGUUUUGUAUUUUCUUUUUUUUUUAAAUACUCUGCCAUGGAGCGCUCCCUCCCUCUCCCUCCCCCUCUCAAAAAAAUCGAUUUGCGGGAGAUUGAAUAUAAUUCGCGGGCGUCAGUGAGCCGCUAACAAUAUGCGGGAGACUCCCGGAACUUCCGGGAGAGGUGGGAUGUCCGACGCUUGAAAUGGCCGCUGGGGAGGGAGUGACGGCUUUGGUAGAAGUGAGCACAAGAGAGGGAGGGUCGCGCUGAUUUUAAAGGGGCGAAUCCUUGGUUAAUGCGGCCGCCAGGGAUGGAGUGAGACACUGACUUACAAUGGCCACUGUCGCACACAGAAUCUAUGGCGAAGGAACAUGCGGUGCCCAUUGAUACAAUCCCGGGAUCAAGUGUGUUAUUGAUUGUAAUAACAGUAUUUUAAUUUGUGUUUUAUAUUGUCUUGGGCGUUGUACAUAUGUUUUAAGUCCAAUAAUUUUGUCAUUGAAUAAACUAAUGUAUAUAUCU